AUGGCUGAAGCAGUGUUCAGGAACAUUUUAAAAACUAAAAAUCUUUCUGACGAGUGGUUGGUUGACAGUGCUGCAGUUUGUGACUACCAUAUAGGAAAGAGUCCCGAUAAGCGAACCUUAGCAGUAUUGAAAGAUCAUGGUACUGUUAUGCCAUUAAAUUUUUUGAAGGUUAUUGGCGAGGACUUUACCGCUUUUGACUAUAUAAUGGGAAUGGAUGAAAGCAAUAUUUCGGAAUUGAAGUCGAUGUGUGCAAUGGCUGUUAAUGGGACUGCACGUUGUACGAUCCAACUUUUAGGGACUUAUGAUCCUUUGGGCAAGAUUAUUGUUGAUGAUCCAUAUUACGAUGAUGAUGCUAAAGCAUUUGAAAAGAUGCCUCCGACUGACCCUCGUGUGAUGUAUCUGAUUCUCCGGCGCGAUCUUCUGGAAAAAUUAAAAUGGCCUAUUGGAGCAUUGGUGUCACAAGGGGCCCACGCUGCAACUGCAUGUCUUUGGAAAUUUCGAGAUGACCCGGAAGUUUUAAGCUAUAUGAGUAACCUUGAACAUAUGAGGAAGGUUACGUUAGAGGUUUCUGAUGAACAAGAACUUAUGAAUUGCGCAGCAAUGCUGCAAGAAAAUAACAUCGAUAAUAGCGUCUGGAUUGAAGAUGGUAUGCCAGUUUGUGUAGCUGUAAAGCCGUUGAAAAAAAGCAUAAUUUCAAAGCAUUUGAAGAGUUUUUCACUGUUUUCAUAA